CCUCUUUGUAUUGGUGCUCAUGCAGCCGGUCCUCUUGCACUAGGUCCUCACUAAGUGCUCGCCAUUCCUCCCGGCUUCAUUAUCAAAGGGGAAUGCCAGGUUUGGGCUUACGAGCGACGCCAAAAUGAACGGAAAUGGAUCAUAUACACCCUGGAGCGAAGAAUCGGACCCCAAUCUCAUUAACCCGAUCCCGCCAUAUGGAAAUGCGUCUCAACCCUUGAAUACACAGCCUCUAUUCUCCUACUCGUCGCCAUACAACCACCCGCAGGUGCCCUUCGACAUCCGAAAUUUCCAUGGAUUUCAACUGCCCCAUCUUGAUUAUGACUUCAGCCUACCGGAGGAGGUCGCCUAUUCCACACCAGAUGAUUCCCUAGCCCCAGCUUACAGCUCUGCCGGUCCAGUCGUCUAUGAAGGUUUCGUACCCGCACCUGGUCAUGAGGAGGAUGACGAGAUUGGCGAAGAUAACUUCAUUCCCACUCGCCAAGAUGCACUGUUUCGAAGCAGUUCCAGCGAUGAGGAGUCGGACAACAGCGAGUAUGAACGUGAGCAGCUCGCGAAGGAGGAGGCGCGUCUCCAAGCUUUAGAGAUGAAAACCCUCGAAAAGGAUCAAGAGUACGAAGAUGAGGAAGAAUUGGAAGACGAGCCAGACGAGCUUCUAGUCGACGAGGAGCUAGAUGAGGAGGAGGAAAGUCCUCGUCCACGUCGUUCGCGCGGAGCUGGUGCUAGGGGCAGAGGAAGGGGCAGAGGUGGUCGCCGUGGCAGGCCGUCAAGCCGAGGGAAAGGUGGUUUUCGCGGCUCCAAGGCUGGUGGUGAACGCAAGCCUGGGCGACCGAGAGGACAGGCGCGUGCCGUUGCCGAGCCAAACCCUGAGUUCAAAGAGUUCCAGAGGAUUGCCAAUGAUGCGUAUCUGCGGAAGGAUUAUCGCACUGCCCUCGAAGCCUGCAACAAUGCCAUCCGGGUCAAUCCGGAUUAUUUCGUUGCACAUAGCUUGCGUUCUGAGAUCUUCCGAGAGAUCGGGAACGAACAGAGCUCGACGGAAGCUUUGAUAGUCGGUGCCUCUCUCAAGCGUGACAAAAAUCUAUGGUUCUACAUCAUCGAACGAAUCAAAAAACUCGACUCACGGAAAUACACCUCAUACGACAAUUCAAAGAAGACUGCGCUGAUUCUCGACUGCUUAAACGCUAUUUUGGCAAUAGAUCCGGACGAUUACGAGGCGAGAGACCAAAAGUUGGACAUCGAGUCCCGACUAGGACGCAUUUCGAAAUCUAUCCAGAUAUGCAAGAGAAUGCUCACUGCUCAGCCAGAGGAUGUCAAAGUCCUUAAGCAGAUGGCACGCAUUGGCACGUCCACGGAGAAACACACCCGACUGCAUCUUUCAACUAUUAUCGAGUCUUUUGAUACCUCUAUCGCUUGUUUCCUCGAGCACGACAAACCCCAGGACAGUGGGUUGGACUGGUCACUCCUAAACAUAUACCUUGAGUUGCUUCAUAAGAGCGGCGAGUAUUCCCGUGGUCUCACACAAGCAAAGACACUCGCUCGUUGGAUACAGUCAAGAAAGGAUGAGACCUUUUGGGACGAGCUAGAUGAUGACCGGGAGUUUGACGUAGAGGAUGAGCCAAGGCGAACGGAGGUUAAAGAAUUCUCGCGAACGUCACCGGAGACCGAGUAUGGGGAGACACUUCCUUUGGAAAUCAGGACUAAGUUAGGGUUGUUUCGGUUGCAUCUUCAACCGCCACAAUUGGAAGAAGCGAUGCGCCAUUUCGAAUUACUCAGUCCUGAGGAUGACGGCCCGGAACCUACCGUGACCAUCUAUCCUGACUUGUUUGCAGAUGUUGCUGAUGCACUGCACAAGGCAGGAUAUCCUCAGCAGGCUCUUAGGUUCUAUGGGCCGUUGCACCAGAAAGCUUCGGAUGAGCUGUCAUUGCAGAAUCUAAUGGGAAUGUAUUCCUGUUACAUCGCUACGGACCAGCCGCGCGAUGCUGACGAGAUUCUGACUGAGCUACGAGAUUGGGAUUCUGAUACCUUCGAAGACAUGGCUUUACUAGCAAAGUUCUUUGAAGAGAAGGGAUUCAAGGAGGAUGCGAUGAAGCGUGCCGAAACAGUGUAUCGAUUUGGCAAAUGGCGAUUGCUGCAGAAGGUCGGCUUUGAAGGCUAUUCGGAUAUAAUGGAACACUUCUAUAUCCAGAAAAGGAGGGAGAGAGGGAAUCAUAAAGUGAAAAAAUCGCGGGUGGGCAGAUACAUGGCAGCUCUGCGCAAGGCUACAAGAACGGAAGAUACAGGCAAAGAGAGAGCCAGACCAAGGGCGGGUCUGUUCAGGACGAGGAAAUCGAUUCCGGAUUACAAGCCAAUGCCCUUCCUUCCCGACGAGAUCCCUGGGACCAACGUUCCGAUGGACGCCAUCGAUCGAGCUCUAUUUAAGCAGAGGCUGAACGCGCUCGCGACCGACAACGCCGAAGAGUUGAAGGCAGCCAGAUCCCAGCACAGAGAGAUUGUUGCUAGCUUUAAGCGGCUGGAGGAACUGAUGGAACCGGCGACCGACGGCGAUCAUGAAGCUACGGCUGAGUGGAUAUCCAUUGCUCGCGAGCUUAUCGAAGAGUUCUCGACCUUUAAUCUCUUCUACUACAAUCGCGCGAGGCAGUUUACCGGUUACUUACGGCGUAUCGGUGCGCAGAACGAUUUCUGGAAGGAAUCUGCGCUCAUGGUCCUCGCCGUAGUUGCAAAUAAUGUCGAGGACGGCGAGGAUGAGCCAGACAUUCAAGAAAAUCCAGAGCAACCUCCCCAGGAGUUCUACGGGAUUCAUUUCGACAAAUGGUUCGAUUUAUUUGCACAGUACGCCAUCUUCCACGCGAGGCUCAACGAUCAAGACCGUUGCUUCAAUACCAUCCAAGUGGCUACUCAAGCCAACGUCUUCUGGUGGUCACACAAAUACAUGAAGCAACUCGCGUUGUGUCGACUGGCUUGUGGACUUGCUCUGGAUAAUUCGUCUCAAUGCUCACAAGCGGUCCGCUGGUUCAUGCGCAAUCACCUUUUCGCCAGUGAGCUAUUCCGCCUUUACGGCGCAGCGAACCGGCUGUGCGCAAUCGCAACGGGAUUCGCUACUGGUCCCUCCCUCAAAGCCUUCAUGCGUUACAUCAAGACAAUGGACUACGCUUUACUUCGACGUGACGAGCGCGAAAAGUACAAUUUGCGCGACGCAGAUCAUCUGGACUGGAUCGUGGGCGGAGCCAGUAGCCAAGCUGCCAACUUCGUGAAGAACCAUGACCCGGCCAUUUUCACGCUAUAUGCCCAUGUCUUGGCCGCUGGAGGGUCAUAUACAGCCGCACUGAAUUACUACUUCCGAGCCUUUGCGCUCACACCAAAGGAUCCUAUCCUGAAUCUGUGCAUUGGCAUAGCGUACAUCCAACAUGGUAUGAAGCGCUUGUCCGAAAAUAGGCAGUACCAGAUACAGCAGGGUCUGUCGUUCAUAUACCGGUACUACGAGCUCCGCACAGAAAGCGACGUACCUCUUUUUCGUCUGGAAGCAGAGUUCAACUUGGGUCGUAUCUGGCACGCGUUGGGUCUUGUCACCCAGGCUAUUCCGGCAUAUGAACGGUGCAUUAGGCUCAGCGAGAGCUUGCGGGGAUCGGCGAAGGAGGAUGGAGGCGGCCGUGUGGAUGACUUCGCUGCUGAGGCUGCUUUGUCUCUUCAGACGAUUUAUGCGUUGAGUGGGAACUUUGAGGAGGCUAUACGGGUGACGGAAAAUGUGCUUGUCCUUGAGUGAGAGGAUGGGGGAAUGAUACCCCUUUAUCAAUGGGAAUGGAAGGACAAUAAGGCGGUUCUGGCGUUCUGGAGAGUUCGAGUCUUACCCAGGCGGGUCCCAUCGUCACGGGAACGUAUAAGGAUUCGGUGUACUCUUAAUGCCAUAAUAUGGAUUGGGGCAAUUGAAUGGCCCUUGGAAUUUGGAUGUCUCUUGAAAGGCAUUAUCGUGAUUCACAUUGGGUUUCCUUUUAGUCAUUCUACUCUCAUCUCUCUCCCACUCGAAAGUUUUCGCGACUCGAGAAAGGACAGCUUCCGCUGAGAGCCUGGUUCACUAAAUGCCAGGUUGUGUUCCAACCCUAUUAUAUCCGGCGCUGACGGUUGCUGUUUUCAUCAACUUGGGAGAAAGCUAGGAC